UCGAAUGAUCUUCGUUGUUAUUCGCCCAAGAUGCAAUAUCUGACGUGGGUUGUCAUGCGUUCUUCGAGAAUGUCAACGCAAAACCGGGAAAGGUGUCAUGACUAGUCCCCUCCAUAACUGCCAGUCUGCCACUCUUCGUGAACCAUCAACGCCAGCCACGCCCCCAUAUUCACUGUCCCGGCUUGCAGCAUCUAGGCAGACGGUAAAUCCCAGUCAUACACCAUGGUCCACGGAGACACUCGCGCCCGCACAGGGCUUACCACUUUCUUGCUUGCGAGCAGCGCGCUGGUAUGGGUCUCGGCCGUGAUCGUGAUGGGCAUUCUCGCCUACGCCGUCUCGCGUGGAUGGGGAGGAGACCACGUCAUUUACGAACUGGUGAUUUCUGUUCUGACAACGGCGUUCUUCCCCUUGGCCUUCUUCCUUGUUGUCUCACCCGGCUUCAUUCUUCUGUUCAACUUGAUCUUCUCGUACCUCUGGGUCGUCGCCGUCUCUUUCACCGCUUCCGAUUGGAGCCACAGCCGCUCCGACCUGCUGCUCACGGUCGAGGCCUUCAGUUUCAUUGCAUUCUUCUUCCUCUUUUUCAACAUACUCUAUGAUUGGCACUAUGGUUUCUACCGGGCUGGCGCUCAUUCGAGGGCCGUCGUCUAAGAUCAAAUAUGACGACAUUAAACGUACUGGACAAGGGCUGGGGGGUGAGAGGGGACAUGUGUUUUAUCACAUGAUUUACAUUUGCUUUCGUUAAAGAGCUGGGCAACACUCGUGGACGCGGUUUUGGGGAUUGUUAAUUAAUAAUAACGCGACUUGUCGGAGAUACCUUUUGCAAGGAUUCAGAAUUUCACUGUUCCAU